AACUGUACCGACGCCGGAAGUACGUGGCUAGGAAAGACAUGGCGAACAAGAGGGGAACCGCUGUGUCUGCUCCCUUUCAUUAUAUUUUACGAUAUUAUUCAGUAUUAAUCCUUGCUGUCUUAUCCUAUAAAUUCACUUCGGCUUCAGAGGACGAUGCAUUUCGUGCCGGGCAGUCGAUAUUGUCUCCGGUGGCUGCAGCAUCACGGGAUGUUCGAUACCUCCUAUAUGAUGUAAAUCCACCCGAGGGCUUCAAUCUUCGCCGAGAUGUGUACAUUCGCAUGGCCUCUUUGCUGAAGACACUGAGAAAAGAGGGUGACUGGGUGCUAGUGCUGCCUCCAUGGGGUCGCCUGUAUCACUGGCAGAGCCCUGAUAUACAUCAGGUUCGCAUCCCCUGGGGGGAAUUCUUCAGCAUAACCAGCCUGCAGGCAAAUAUACCAGUCAUUGAGUAUGAGGAGUUUAUUGCUGAGUCUGGGGGUCCCUUCAUUGACCAGAUCCUUGUGCUGCAGAGCUAUGCUGAGGGAUGGACAGAUGGGAAAUGGGAGGAGAAGGUGGAUGAACGACCGUGCAUUGAAAAGCUAUUGUACUCAAAAGACAAACAGGGUUAUUACAGAGGUUGGUUUUGGGGUUAUGAGGAGACCAGAGCAUUGAAUGUCACCUGCUUAUCUGCGCAGGGACAUGCCUCUAUCUUGGCUCCUGUCUUACAAAAUAACUUAACCACCACGUCAGUAAUGCUGGACAGAGCUGAAACUGUCCUCCAUGAUCACUAUGCUGGGAAGGACUACUGGGAUACACGGCGUAGUAUGGUGUUUGCCAAACACUUGCGUAUCAUAGGAGAUGAGUUUAGGGCCAAGUAUCUCAAUUCCACAGACAAACAGGACCAGACACCGUACAACGAAGACUGGACCCAAAUGAAAAACCGGCUGGGCAGUGCUAAGGGAGGCCCUUACCUGGGAGUCCACUUGCGUAGGAAGGACUUCAUCUGGGGGCACAGAGAAGAUGUGCCCAGCCUCAAAGGAGCAGUGAAGAAGAUCCGUAGUCUCAUGAAGAAGCACAAGCUACAACAAGUCUUUGUUGCCACCGAUGCAGACGGAGAAGAGCUAGCUAAACUGAAAAGGAUGUUACCCGAGAUGGUACGAUACGAGCCCACCUGGGAGGACCUGGAGCUCCUGAAGGAUGGAGGGGUGGCCAUCAUAGACCAGUGGAUUUGUGCUCAUGCUAGGUAUUUCAUUGGGACAUCAGUUUCAACGUUCUCUUUCAGAAUACACGAGGAAAGGGAGAUCCUAGGUUUUGAUCCUAAAACCACCUAUAACCGAUUCUGUGGCGAUGACGAGAAAGAAUGUGAACAACCAACACACUGGAAAAUUGUCUACUGAUCACACAGAAAACUGUGUUUUAUUAAUGUUGGUUAUACAGACUGUAACUGAUUUCUCAGAUUUAAGAGGAUUCUCUAUAUUUUUUAAUGUUUUUGCAGACUAUGUUGAAAAUACAAUUUUAGAAAGGAAUAGUUCACCCAAAAAUGAAAUUUCAUGAGUAUUAACUCACCUUUAGCAUUAUUUCACUUGUUCACCAGUGGCUCCUCUGCAGUGAAUGGGUGCCGUCAGAAUAAAAGUUCAAACAGCUGAUUAAAAACAUCACAGUAAUGCACAAGAAAUCCACACAUUUCCAGUAUUAACACUCUGUGAAGAAAACAGUGUUUUUGUAAGAAACAGAUCUGAAGAUUUUUUUUUAAUUUCAAACUGUUACCACAAUACAAACCACAAUAUUGCUUUCUCCAGUGAAAUCUUGGAUGGCCUGAGGGUGAAUCAUUUUUCAGCAAAUUUUCAUUUAAGGGUGUACUAUUUGUUUAAUGGCAGAGCCAAUGGUUUUUCAUUGCGUAACAAGUUAGGCCUUUGUAAGUUAAGGAAGGUAAGGUGAGACAUAAGUGGAAUAUAUCAAACGGCUUUUAGCUCAUAUCUGAUGUUAGAUGUGGAAUUUGUGUAUGCUGCUGCUCUGUUCUCACACUUCUUUGAUUUGGAUUGUUGAUCCUCCAGAUGAACUGUGUAUAACACUGUGAUCAGACCUUUUUUAUGAAAAUGGUCAACAUGAUUUUUCACCCCUGUUCCUGUCUUUGAAGUGCUACUUGCCAACUAUUUUUGUCUCAGCACAAUUUAUGCCUUUGACAAAUAACAUGUAUGAACAUGCAGCGGUAGUGUUUAUUUGAUAUUUCUGUCAGUAUUGUGCUUGUCUGCUAUUUGGACAAACAAAAAUAGCGCUUUCCCAGACUUUGCCAUACAGUAUUUUUACACUUAGUAGUGUUUUUUCCUUCCAUAAGAUGAGGUGAAAGAUUUCGGGAGGCGUAACAAAGCAUGUUAUUAAAAAUUGCAGUCGGUAAAGAUAAGCGUCUGGAAUGGAAACAUUAGCUUUGUUUUCGUAACUCGAUGACAAGCAGUUGGAGUGUUUUGUUUUGUAUUUCUUUUGUUGUUCAGAAAUGUAAAUUUAUGUUCACCAUUACCAUUCAAAGAUGUACUGUAUAUUCAGCUGUGCAGUUUUUCUAAAUGAAAUUUUAAUGAUCA